ACCUCGCCGGUUGAUAGGCGUUUCAGUGCAAGGUGUGAAACAUAGAUACUCUUCAAGCGAUGUAUAUAACGUGCUAUACCUUGGCUCUUCUUCUGACACCAGUGUGCAUGAUACACACCGACAAUUACCGAGUUCUGUCCUCAUGUCCUGGACAGAUCAUGAAGAGCGUGUACAUAUCCUUGAUAAUUCGUGAUGUGACGAAGCUGGACUGCGGACGAAAAUGUUCUGAGAGUGAUUCCUGCAAGUCCUUUCAUUACGGUUCCCUCUCCAGGAGGUGCCAUCUCAACACGGACUUUGAUCAAGGGGAUUGCUCGAAGAUGGACAUUUAUCCUGACAUGAUUUACUACGUAAAGGCUCAAGAAUGUGCAAAUGGCGGUAUUCUACAACCCGACUCGACCUGCAAGUGUGUCAAUGGCUACGUGGGUACACGGUGUGAACGUUUAAUGACAGAUUGUAGUGAUGGUUUUGCUGCUGGGUUCGACUAUCCCAACGGCUACUACAGCAUCCAGCCAACGUCUACAUCUACGCCGUUUACGGUGAGAUGUGUCAUGAAAUAUGGAGGAAGAACAAUUAUGCACUACCGCAUGGAAACACCAACUGCCACGUUAGAUUUCAACCGGAGUUGGGCAGAAUAUCGCGACGGCUUCGGGCUGACCAACGAAGAUCACUGGCUGGGGCUGGAGAAGAUAUACCACAUUUGUAAACCGGGGACAUUUUCACUGAAAAUUGAAAUGAAAUUUCGUGACAAUUCUUUCAAGCAACAGUUCUAUUACAAUUUUCAUCUUUCAGAUGAGGCAGAUGGCUAUCGUUUGUACUUUUCGGAGUCACGUGCCAACACCAAGAAUCGAUUAGGUGAUUGUUUAACUCCGCUAAACGGUUCCGCAUUCAGCACGUACGACAGAGACAACGACAAUGAUGCCGGAAGCUGUGCCGUCGAAUACGAAAGCGGAUUUUGGUUUGACGCAUGCGCAGAUUGUAACCCGAAUGGUCGUCUGCUUCGUCCAUUGGACGAGAACCGUAUGAACGUUUCUUCUGAGGUGUUCUGGACAAACGACCUUGGGGGCAAAGUACCCUACAGAAUGCUCAUGUGGCUGGCCCCCAUCUAAGCGUGAUUUCAGAUGAACACAUACCAGAUUGUUAUUAUCUUUACCUACCACACUUGUAACGGCUGAAAGUCGAAUAACUCAAGGGAAUACCA